UCUUUUUUCCAUUUGUUAUGUCUUGAAUGUACACACCUGGUUCCCAUUAAGUUAUUAUUAUUUCCCUAUUUAACCCUCUGGUUCCCAUGAUGUUUUGUGCGUGAUUAUUCCUGGUAUGUGUUAGUCGUUUGUGUUAGGGUUUGUUAUCCCUGCGUGGAUUAUUUUGGCAGAUUUAUUUUUCAGAGUAAAGUACGUUAUUUUUACUCAGUUCUGUGUCCUGCGCUUGACUCCGUCCUCACGUCCGCACAACUGACAUAUGACACGAACAUAGUACGCAAGUAGAAACACCAUGGGACCACGCAGCCGUCAUACCACUCAGGAAGGAGCGUUCUGCCCCAUCUCUGGAUUUAUAUUUAUGUCCCAUCUCUCUAUAUAGAUGUAUGCUCCAUUUAUCAUGUUUUAAGGUAAGACCCAGAUGCAGACUGUGUCGAAGUAACAAUGUUUAUUACAAGAACAGGGGCAAAGGUACAGGAUGGCAGGCAGGGUCAGGUCAGGCAGAGCUCGGUAAUCCAGAGUUGUGGGGCAAAGGUACAGGACGGCAGGCAGGCUUAGGGUCAGGGCAGGCAGAAGUCGGUAAACCAGAGUAGUGGGACAAAGGUACAGGACGGCAGGCAAGCUCAGGACAGGCAGAAGGGGCAAAGCCGGGAAAAAACUAGAAAAGGAAGACACGACUAAGACAAGACAGGAGCGAGGGGAAAAACGCUGGUAGGUUCUACGAACAAAACAAACUGGCAACAGACAAACAGAGAACACAGGUGUAAGUACACAGGGGAUAAUGGGAUAGAUGGGCGACACCUGGGGGGGUGUAGACAAGCACAAAGACAGGUGAAACAGAUCAGGGUGUGACACCAUGUCUCUAUAUAGAUGUAUGCACCAUCUAUAUAUAUAUAGAUGUAUGCACUAGGUCUAUUAUGACAAAUAUAUAGAACAGUCAUAAAUGACUUAUAAACAGCAUAUCUGAGGGCAUGAAGUUGAACUUUCUGCUUUUGACGGAGCAUGUACUUUUUCAGAAUAAUGUGCAUACUGUUUAUUUAAGUUUCUUGUGAAAGUGAUGAAGUUUCAUUUAAACUAGAUUUCAUCACUGGACUCGUAACGGUUGGCUUUGACACUCUGAACAAGGAAAUAUAGUGCAUUCUUUGCCCUCAGCCCUGAACUCUCUUUGCUAAACUCACUGCCAAGUUGAGUCUUGAUCAUGCUUAGGAACUGGCACUGCUAUCCUUUUUUCCCCUCAGAUGUUCUCAGCGUUUUACACUGGAAAACUAGGAAUUCAUUUUGAAAUGUUAGAGGGUAGCAUCUGAACUUGAAAUGGAGCUGCAUCGGAUAAUUACAUGAGACUGGUGUAAAAAUUGAUUAAUUCUCCAAAUAGUAAUGUCAGAUUGUUUGGUCAUGAGUUGGCAGUGUGGAGAAGCUGGCUAAGGGGAAAUCUGACAUGCCUAAUAUGCCCUCAAGAGGGGAAUGUUUCCUUGAAAAUGUUGUUUCGUGUCAUAUUAGAUUUCAGUGAUAACCGAGUUGGGUCAUAAAUUACAUAUUUUUUAGCAGAAGAUAGGCAGAGGAAGUCAACAACAAAUAUUUAUAAUAUAUAAAUAGAGAUUUAGAACAGUCAUCUCUGUCAGCCCUGAGACGUCCGGACUACAGUAUGCCUGGGGUCUUGUUCUGUGGAAAGGCUGUGGUCUUGGAAAUAGUCAAACCGAUACGGCUUGUUUAUAGUUGUGCAUGGGUCCAAAAACACCCAAUUAUUCUCACUUUCUCUCUCUCUCCUCCCUGUCUCCCCCUCUUCUCUCUGGAGCGUUACGUGGAUGGGGGAAUCAGUGACAACCUUCCUCAGUCAGAGCUGAAGAACACCAUCAGCAUCUCUCCGUUCUCCGGCGAGAGCGACAUCUGUCCACGGGACACCUCCUUCAACUUCCACGAGCUGCGCUUCACCAACACCUCCAUCCAGAUUAACCUGGACAAUAUGUACCGCCUCAGCAAUGCCCUGUUCCCCCCAGAACCCAAGGUCAUGGCAGAGAUAUGCCAGAGUGGCUACAAGGACGCCCUUCGCUUUCUUGAGGAGAACCAUCUGCUGAAGCUGGAGUGUCCGACUGCCGGCCCCAACCUAUCAGAAGCCAUACACACCUGCUGCUGCAAGCCCACCGCCACGGAAACCACUAAGGACUGGAUGCUCCGCCGGCUCCGCCUCCUGAGGAAGCGGCACUGGUGGCUGGACGAGCAGAUUGUUGACAACCUGCCUACCCAAAUCAAAAAGGUAGAUAGGAGCUUUUCUGCUCAAAGCUGUUAG